AUGAAAUUUUUCAUUGAUGACCUGCCCGUCCUUUUCCCUUACCCUCGUAUAUAUCCCGAGCAAUAUGCCUACAUGUGCGACCUCAAGAAGACCCUCGAUGCCGGGGGUCACUGUGUACUCGAGAUGCCUUCGGGUACCGGGAAGACAGUUACACUGUUAUCGUUGAUUGUCGCCUAUCAGCAGCAUAAUCCAGAGGCUAGAAAGCUCAUCUACUGCUCCCGAACCAUGUCCGAGAUCGAGAAAGCAUUAGCAGAGUUGAGAGAGCUGAUGAAGUUUCGCACCGAGCAGUUGGGGUAUACAGAAGAUUUCCGUGCUCUAGGUCUCACCAGUCGAAAAAAUCUGUGUUUGCAUCCAUCCGUUAAACGAGAAAAAAGUGGUACAGUGGUUGACGCUCGAUGCCGGAGUUUGACUGCUGGGUUCGUCAAGGAAAAGAAAGAGAGAGGCGAGGACGUCGAGCUGUGUGUAUAUCACGAGAAUCUGGACCUUCUUGAGCCACAUAAUCUCGUACCUCCCGGCGUUUUCACACUCGAUGGUCUGCUGAAUUACGGAGAGCAACAUAAGCAAUGUCCCUAUUUCUCUGCACGGCGCAUGAUGCCGUAUUGCAACGUUAUCAUUUAUUCCUACCACUACCUCCUAGACCCGAAGAUCGCGGAAAGAGUCUCGAAGGAAUUCUCGAAGGAUUGCAUUGUGGUAUUUGACGAGGCGCACAAUAUCGACAACGUUUGUAUCGAAUCGCUCAGCAUUGAUAUAUCCGAAGACUCAUUGCGAAAAGCCACCAGAGGGGCAAACAACCUGGAGCGCAAGAUUCAGGACGUGAAGAGCUCCGAUGCGGAGAAACUUAAUAACGAAUACAUGAAGCUUGUUGAAGGAUUGCGGGAGGCUGAGCAGGCUAGAGAAGAAGAUCAAUUUAUUUCUAACCCCGUUCUACCUGACGACCUGCUCAAGGAGGCCGUCCCAGGCAACAUACGGCGGGCCGAACACUUUGUUGCUUUCCUCAAAAGAUUUAUCGAAUACCUCAAAACUCGAAUGAAGGUCACCCACACCAUUUCAGAGACUCCUCUAUCCUUUUUAAAUCAUGUGAAGGAAUUGACUUUUAUUGAACGAAAACCCUUGAGAUUCUGCGCUGAACGCUUAACAUCGCUCGUCCGGACACUGGAAUUGAUCAACAUAGAAGAUUAUCAACCGCUCCAAGAGGUGGCUACAUUUGCAACUCUAGUUUCGACUUACGACAAAGGUUUCCUCUUAAUUCUGGAACCUUUUGAAUCUGAGGCUGCAACGGUGCCGAAUCCCAUCCUGCAUUUCACUUGCCUGGAUGCGGCCAUCGCGAUCAAACCUGUAUUUGAUCGAUUCAGCUCGGUGGUUAUCACAUCGGGUACCUUAUCACCGCUUGAAAUGUACCCAAAAAUGCUCGGGUUUACGACAGUCAUGCAAGAAUCAUAUAGUAUGACUCUUGCUCGUCGAUCUUUCCUUCCCAUGAUCGUGACUCGUGGGUCGGAUCAAGCACAAAUCUCCUCCUCAUUCCAGAUCCGAAAUGAUCCAGGUGUCGUACGGAACUAUGGAAACAUCGUUCUCGAAUUCUCCCGCAUUACCCCAGAUGGGGUCGUUGUGUUCUUCCCAUCAUACCUAUAUAUGGAGUCAAUCAUUAGCAUGUGGCAGGGCAUGGGCAUCCUCGAUUCAAUAUGGAACUACAAGUUGAUCCUUGUUGAAACUCCCGAUGCCCAAGAGUCAUCAUUGGCUCUGGAAACUUACCGAACGGCAUGUUGCAAUGGAAGGGGGGCUUUACUGCUCUGUGUCGCGCGAGGCAAAGUUUCCGAGGGUAUUGAUUUCGACCACCACUACGGCCGGGCAGUGUUGUGUAUCGGCGUUCCAUUUCAAUACACCGAAUCGCGCAUUCUCAAAGCUCGACUUGAAUUCCUCCGAGAAAAUUACCGCAUCCGAGAAAACGACUUCCUUUCUUUCGAUGCCAUGCGACAUGCCGCCCAGUGUCUGGGCCGUGUCCUCCGAGGCAAAGACGACUACGGAGUCAUGGUUCUUGCUGACCGGCGAUUCCAGAAGAAACGAACCCAACUUCCAAAAUGGAUCAGUCAGGCCCUGUUGGAGAGCGAAACGAACCUCAGCACGGAUAUGGCAGUGGCGACUGCGAAGAACUUCCUGCGUACCAUGGCCCAACCAUUCAAAGCCAGAGACCAAGAGGGCAUUUCGACAUGGAGUCUCGCAGACUUGGAGAGGCACCGCCAGAAACAAUCUCAGGAGGAGGAAAGAGUACGGCGAGAGGAGUUCGCCAAUGGGUAUGCGAACGGUGCUCGCAACGGAGCGGGAGAUGAAUUCGACGAGGGAAUUGAUCAGGACCUUGUGAUGUUGGAUGCGUAG